AUGUCCAGGGUGAACGCGCUGCUGGCGUCCUUCAAGCAGGGCCAGAAGAAGGCCCUGCACGUGCAGGCCGAGGCGCGGCAGGAGCGGGAGGACAAGCUCGCCAAGGCUGCUGCGGGCGGUGGGGCAGGGCGGGGGCGCGGCGGCAGAGCGGGCGGCGGGCGGGGGCGCGGCGGCAAGGCCGCUUCGGCACAAUCUGGCGAGGCCUCCGCCUCAGUUGCCUCUGCUGCCGGCGCCGGCGCCGCGUCCGACUGGCGGCAGCGCCAGGCGCAGCAGGCCAUGCCUCUGGGAGCCAAGCUCAAGUCGAUCGUCGACUUCCUAAGGACCGCCGCCGAGCCGCAGCGGCCGCAGGCCAUCGCCGCCGCCACCGGCUACGACCCGCAGGCAGACAGGAAGCUGGCCGAGGCUCUGGCGGUGAACAGCAAGGUGGUGGCGCGGGACGACGGGCUGUACGCGUACCGCCCAGAGGUGGCUAACGUGCACAGCAAGCAGGAAGUGCUGGAGUACAUGCGGCGGCGGGAGCGGCAGAGCGAGGGGUAUGCGGCCCUGGGGGAGCUGCAGGACGCAUACCCUGGGGUGCAGCGAGACCUAGAGGAGCUGAAGAAGGAAGGCCUGCUGCUGAGCCUGCCUGCGGCGGAUGUGACCCGCAAGGAGGUCUAUUACCCUGUGGACCAGCGCAUCAAGCUGCGGGAGCUGUGGCUGUCGAUUGGGGAGCAGCUGCCGGAUGAGGAGGAUGAGCUGCAGGAGGCACUGCAGCAGAUAGGCCUCAAGCCCGCGCCGCGGCAGGUUCUGGAGAAGCGCGAGGCGCGGGAGAAAAAGCGCAAGGCGCGCAAGGUGCGGCGCCUCACCAAGGUCACCAACAUGCACCUGAAGCACCUGCUGGACGGGGACGCGCCCUCCAACAUCGAGACGGCGUGA